CAUGGGAAGAAGUGGCAUUUUUGCUGUGUGUUGUUGUUGUUCAUAACUUCACUCUACACUUCACAGUUUUUACAGCCUUUGCAGCAUUCCACUACUCCAGUUCCAUUUGUGGCUUCUUUUCAAAAUUUUUUUAUGCAGAUAGAUUGCUUGAUGAUUAAAAAUACUUAUCGCGAGUAGUAUGCCUGUAUGGCAUAUAAUAUUUUAUUACGGACACUCACACUAUAAGUACGCACGCGUUCGCCGUUUUCGAAAGCAGCCAGGCGAACGGCCAUAAGCGGUGACAGAGAGUUUGGACGAGGCCAAAAGGUGCCACUGAUCAUAUCUAUUUGUGCUGCUCGUCUUCUUAUCGAAGAUGAAUCUCAUACGAUCAAGCGAGGAAGACAGCAAUACGCAUGUGGCUGAGGAGCCCGUGGCCAAUAAUCGCAGUGGAGGCGUGAAGCGUCCAAGCCGUUUCAGUAUCAGUCGUCCCAUUUUCAGCCAGGCGAAAUUCGACGAUAACAACGAAUCCGGAGAACACGGAACACCAGCGACGCCAUGGACGAAAUUGAAAAGACAAGUGUCCCACAAAAUCUAUCGGACUUUCAAUUCGCGGACCAACUGUGCGCGGAUUAUGAAAAAGAAAAUAUUGCGGACAUUCCCCAUUCUCCAGUGGAUGCCGCGCUAUAAUGUUCGGCAGGAUUUACUUCGAGACUUAGUCGCAGGAUUGACUGUGGGUAUUAUGAAUAUUCCCCAAGGAAUGGCUUACGGAAAGCUUAGUGGAGUUCCUCAUGUAUUUGGACUGUACACCAGUUUUUUCCCGCUGUUGAUAUAUACGCUAAUGGGCACAUCGCGACAUGUUUCUGUUGGAACGUUUGCCGUUGUGAGUCUUAUGACCAGCAAAAUUGUCAAGCAAUACGAAGGCACGGAAGCAGAUCAUCUGCGUUCGAGGGGUUUGAUGAUGAAUACCACUGGUAAUCUGGAUGCAGAAGACAGUAAUCUUCCCGCUCGGGUUGGUGUACUCAUCACGGUGGCUUUUGCGGUUGGACUGUGGCAGGCCGUUUUAGGAAUAGUUGGACUUGGAUCACUUACAGUGUAUCUUUCCGAUCAGCUCGUUAAAGGAUUUACCUCGGGUGCUUCGUUCCACGUGUUCAGCAGCCAGUUGAAACCGGUAUUUGGAAUGCAGAAUCUCACUUCACAUUAUGGCGCUUUUAAACUGUUUAAAACGUAUUCGCAGUUUUUUGUUAAUCUUGCAACACAUGACGUCAAUGUGGCCACUCUGAUCAUAUCUUUGAUAUGUAUCGUAUCACUUCUUCUAGUGAAGUACCUUGUGAACGAAAAUAAGAAGGUUAUAAGCUGGAUAAAGUUUCCACUUCCGGCAGAACUGCUGAUUGUUAUCUUCGGCACGCUUGCAUCAUGGAGUUUAGAUCUCAAUGGAAAAUACAAAGUCGUCACUGUGAGAAAGGUUCCUGUAGGCAUGCCUGAGCCGCAAGUCCCCGACAUGGUCUUACUACCUCAGAUUUUAGUGGAUACAUUUGCUGUUGCCGUAGUUGGAUUUACAAUCACGGUGUCCCUGGCAAAACUAUUUGCUCAGCGUUUUAAAUAUGAAAUCGACCCAAAUCAAGAGCUGAAGGCCUUGGGCGUCACUAACAUAUUCUGCUCGUUUUUCCAAUGUAUUCCGGCCACGGGAUCGUUGGCUCGCAGUGCUGUACAAGUAGCGGUGGGCGGUGCGACACAGGUUGUGAGUAUUAUCGCAGCAUUAUUUGUGCUCGUCGUGCUUCUGAAACUGGGUACUUUAUUGGAGUCUCUCCCGGAAGCUUGUCUUGGUUCAAUCAUUAUGGUGGCACUAAUAAAUAUGCUCAAGCAGAUAUCGGAAGUGACAAAGCUUUGGAGUAUUUCAUUUGUUGAUACGUCCGUCCUUUUGGUUUCGUUUCUGGCUGUCAUAAUUUUGGAUGUGGAUUCUGGAUUGGGAAUCGGAGUUGGCUAUAGCUUACUGACAGUCAUAUUCAGAACACAACGGCCGGAAAUUGGGCUGUUGGGACGCGUUCCCCAAACUGAUAUCUAUAAAAGGAUUGAUUCUUACCGAACGGCUAUGGAAGUGCCGAAUAUGAAGAUUAUCCGCUUAGAUGCUCCACUUUAUUUUGCCAAUGCCGAUUUUUUCCGUCGUACCACCUAUGAAUUGUGUGGUUUGGAUGGCAGAGUGGAUUCUCAGUCUGAUUUACGUGCUUCUCCAAUUCAGAAGCACCCUAAAUACCGCAGUCUUUCUGAUACGCAGUUUGCUGCUGCCUGGAAUGAUCAGGAGGUUGAUUUAUCCUCCAGCUCAUCCAUUCGUGUCAUCCAGCCCAAUAGCGCUUCGUCGGAUUCAUCGGUUUUGCCGGGUAGUCCUGUGCCAUUGAUAGAUUUGUCGGACCAUUCGGUUCUGCUUGGAGCGGCGACUCGCUAUUUGGUUUUCGAUUGCUCUGCCGUCUGUUUCAUGGAUAUCACGGGAGCCGAAAUGCUCAAAAAGAUGGCGCAGGAAUUGAAUGCAAUGGGCGUGGAAUUCUUCUUGGCAGCUUGUAAAGCUUCUGCGCGGGAAACCUUAGCCUUAAGUGGAUUUGAGAAAACAUUGGGACCGGAUCGUUUGUACCUAACUGUUCAUGAUGCGGUGCUUUACUCAACUCAGACGGAUCCGAAUAAGUCCAGUACAAGUGGAUAAAUUAAGUACAAAUAAGCGCUGCUCCUUUUGCCUGAUUCAGUUCCAAAGAAAAGCCGAUAGUUUUAUACAAAUGUAUACGAAUACUGUUAUUUAAUUUUGCAACUCAGGGUACGAACUGGUUGGCUUCGUAUUAAUUGCUCGUGAUUGUUGUUUUUAAGGGUCUAUGCUGAUUUAUAGUUUGUCCCCGGUGCCGCACAGAAUUUUCAGUGUAUUUCUGUGCUUGAAUCGUCUGUGUUUUAUCUUUUAUUAACUUCGUUUUCGAAACUUGUGGUCUACAAAUGUGAUCAUUAUUUUUUCAAAGGCUGAUGAUGUACUUCUGGCUUUAGACAUGGUUGUUUCUACUGCUCAAACUUUUGGAAACUGGUAGUAAAAACGUUUGAAUAUUAAAGUCCAAAAUUAUGA